UACAUACAAACAUACAUGCACACUUUACUUGUGAUUGUAAUCUUCCUCAAGCUUGGAUACGUUAACAAUGAGUGGUUGUCAGAGAGUGGUGGUAACAACGCGAUGGCACUCCGGCGCAGUCUGAUCGUAUUCGCGCUGCUGGCGGCGUGCGCAUGCGCAUUGCCCGCAGAAACUAACGACAUCCAAUCUCAAACCAAAUUAAACGGUGAUGGCAAAGCGCCCCUGACGGUCAAUAGCGUGGUAGGUUCCGAUGAGAAGAAAGUGGAGAAGAAUGACCUUCUCCGGCCUGUCCACGAGCGUUUCCCGAGCGCUGUCCUCUUCGGCGGCACUUGCGGGGGCACCAUCAUCAGCGAGAAAUGGAUCCUCACGGCAGGCCACUGCACGCUGUUCACGGGCGGGCGCUACAUCCUGGCCGGCACCAACAACUCGGAGGACGGCAGCGGAGUCACCCGCCGCGUCAAGAAGCUCCACAUCCACCCGCUUUUCUCUGUGGGACCGUAUUGGUUAGACGCGCACGACUUUGAACUCAAACAGGUGGCAGCGCGGUGGGACUUCCUCCUGGCCGAGCUGGAAAUGCCCCUGCAGUUGGACGGCAAGACGAUGGCCGCGGCGCGACUGGAAGACGACGUCAACACGCCUGUGGGGCUCGACGUCGGCUACGCGGGCUACGGCACUGAUCACCAUGGUGGCGUGAUGCGGCACGAAAUGCACGCGAUGGAGCUAGCGGUGCAGAAGGACGAGGUGUGCUCGAGCAGACUGCCGCAGUACGAGGCCCAGGACAUGCUGUGCACGAGGGGGCGCCCGCCGCGGUAUGACUCUGCGUGCAAUGGAGACAGCGGCAGUGGGCUGGUUUCCAACGGCCGGUUAUUGGGCGUUGCAUCGUGGGUCGAAAACGACGCGUUCGAGUGCCGCAACGGCAACCUGGUGGUCUUCUCCAGGGUGGCCCGAGUCAGGGAUUGGAUCAAGAAGGUGGCCAAUGUGUAGAACAGUGUACAAGUGCUCAAUGAACAAUGCUGUAAUAUUUUCAAUCUCGACUAGGUACCUACUUUGUUGAUGGCGCCGUGUCAUGAUGUCACAGUAUACUUGGCAAAUGGAAAAUCUCAACCAAUAUUGGGCCUUCUCUCUCGGAAUUAUAGUUUGAACAAGUGAAGAGCAAGGCUGACUGAACUUAUAUAGGCCUUAUUACUUAUUAUAGCAUGCUAGCAUAGUUUUUGAAUAACUUUAGUAGCAGAAGUACAUAGCAGUUGAAAAUUAUAAAUUGUUAAUUUUGUUGUUUAUUAAUCAUCUAGUAUAAGAAUUUGAACUGUUUAUAUAAUAUCAAGGAAGAGCAUAUUUUCCAGUUGUAUUCAAUGGCUGUACCUCUUGGGCUCACAACCAGUCAUACUAAGUAUAAUCUGUGUAGUACGUUGAGGGGUACGAAAAGAAUAUAAAAGCCCACCAGAAUAUUGUAGGUUUUAUCAAAGAAAUACUUUCAUACAUUUUUUUUGUGGGGUUCCGUACCUAAAAGCUCAAUUUUGUUAUUUGCAUGUCACCUAUCUGGGUUGUAAUUAAGUUGUUACGUGUUUUAAUAAUUCAAAUGAUACAACCUCAUCCCAUCUUAAUCGUUUUCAAACAUGUUGAAUUCCAUGGUUUGCCAUCAAACCGGAAACUUUCGGAUAAAGAACAACUAGUACAUAAUGUGAUAUAAAGAUAUAAUGCUCCUGUAAAAAUGUUAUUAGGCGCUCAAUGAAUCUUGUGAAAAAUAAUAUGAAGCUAGUAGUACGUACAUAAUAAGUAAACAUGUUUAAAUAUAAAUUAACUUUGGAA